AUGGAGGCGCCCUGCGUUCCGCCGGGGUUCAGAUUCCACCCCACCGACGAGGAGCUCGUGGGGUACUACCUCAGGAAGAAGGUGGCCUCCGAGAAGAUCGACCUCGAUGUCAUCAGAGACGUCGAUCUCUACCGCCUCGAACCGUGGGAUCUCCAAGGUCUUCGUCGUCAUCUCCCUCAUCUCCAUGAAACCACUCGCUCUUGCAGGACUGACUGUGCGUUUGUGUACAAUAAAGAGAGAUGCCGGAUCGGGUACGAAGAGCAGACGGAGUGGUACUUCUUCAGCCACAAGGACAAGAAGUACCCCACGGGGACGCGGACGAACCGGGCGACGGCGGCGGGGUUCUGGAAGGCCACCGGUCGGGACAAGGCCGUCGUCGACAGAAGCCGCCUUAUCGGCAUGAGGAAGACUCUCGUCUUCUAUAGAGGCCGAGCCCCCAAUGGUCAGAAGACCGACUGGAUCAUGCACGAGUAUCGCCUUGAAUCCGAAGAAAACGCCCCUCCCCAGGUCCCGUCCCCUCCCCCCCACCCCCCGUCUCUCUCUCUGUCUCUGCAUGUAUACAUUUUUAUGUGUGUCUGGGCAGGAAGAAGGAUGGGUGGUGUGCCGGGCCUUCAAGAAGAGAGCGGUCUACCAGACGAGAACGGCGGAGGCGUGGGAGCCGACCUACGAGGAAAUGAGCGGGGGACGUCCAGAUGGCGUCUUCUGUAAGCAGGAGUUGGCGGACUUUGCGGGCCCAUUCUCGCAGCUCCCGCAGCUGGGGAGCCCCUCGGUUCCAGCAGCGGCCAAGCCCCUCGGCGCGGCGCGGGAGAACGAAGAGGACGACCAGGCGAGAGGCGGCAGCGGUGAACCAGAGCCGGUGACCGAUUGGAGGGCGCUCGACAGGUUAAUUGCCUCCCAGCUGAGCCAAGAGGGCGGCGGCGGGAGCAGGCUGGGCGAGUUCCUCCGCUCCACUGUCGGCUGCGACCAGGCCAUAUUAUGCUUAUUGGAGAAAUAA